AUGCAUUUGCGUCUGCAGGAAACAAAGAAUGCAUUGCAUAUAGCAGAUCCUGGGUUUGACAAGCAAUGGCAUUUGAUGAAUACAUUAGAGUUUGGACGUGAUCUUAAUGUAUCCGGUGUAUGGAAACAAGGGAUCACGGGGAAAGGUUCGGUUGUGGCAAUACUUGAUGACGGUUUGGAUUUUGAACACGAAGAUCUUCAAAACAAUUAUUAUGCAGAGGGCUCCUAUGAUUUUAAUGAUCAUGUUCUCGAACCUAGGCCAAGACUCAGUGAUGACGUUCAUGGAACUCGGUGCGCAGGUGAAAUAGCAGCAGCAAAAAACGAUGUAUGUGGGAUAGGUGUUGCCUAUGAUGCAAAAGUGGCGGGUAUUCGCAUACUUUCAGGGGAUAUAACAGAAGCAGAUGAAGCAGCUGCCUUGAACUAUAAGUACCAAGAGAAUCAAAUCUACUCUUGUUCUUGGGGGCCUCCUGAUUUGGGUGAAGUUGCAGAAGGCCCUCAAGGCAUCAUUCUGGAUGCAAUCAAAAACGGUGUUGAACAUGGUCGACAUGGCAAAGGAUCUAUCUUUGUGUUUGCUUCAGGAAAUGGAGGGUAUCAUGAUGAUAAUUGCAAUUUUGAUGGAUACACCAACAGUAUCUAUACCGUCACUGUAGGAGCCAUCGAUAUAUUGGGGAAUUAUCCACCGUAUGCAGAGAAAUGUGCAGCACAGUUUUUGGUAACGUACUCAAGUGGCAGUGGUAACCAUAUCUAUACUACCGAUGUUCAUUCUAGGCAAUGUUCUGAUAAUCAUGGUGGCACAUCAGCAGCUGCUCCGCUCGCAGCAGGUGUGUUUGCACUCGUAUUGUCCAUAAGACCUGAUCUAUCUUGGCGAGAUCUUCAGCACCUCUGUGUGCAGUCCGCAAUUCCUAUUUCUCUGCAAGACGAAGAUUGGCAAACCCUACCUUCCGGACGCAUGUUUAGUCACAAGUAUGGGUAUGGCGUGUUGGAUGCUUACAGAAUUGUCGAACUCGCGAAAUCAUUUCAGUCAGUAGGGCCACAGGUGCAUUUAGAAACCUCGUCUGCGAAUAGAGAAGCAUUACAAAUUCCAGAUAUUACAGCAAAGCCCUCAAGAGAGAAUGCACUAAGGACGACGCUUCAAGUGACAAGAGAGAUGGCAGCCGGUUUAUCAAGGACAGAACAUGUCACGGUCACCGUGACAAUUGAACACGACAGGCGUGGUGAUUUAGAGAUACUGCUAGUCAGUCCGAACAAUGUCACUAGUCAGCUGGCAACGCCUAGAAAAUAUGACUACAGUAGAGACGGUUUGGUCAAUUGGACAUUUAUGUCUGUAAAGCAUUGGGACGAGGAUCCAGUAGGUGUUUGGUCAUUAUUGGUGAUUGAUGAAAGAAAUCCAGAAUCUAGAGGAAGGCUGAUUCAAUGGAAGCUCACGAUUUGGGGUGAAUCAAAAAAAGAACAAAAAAUAGCUACUCAAAGCUUUCUGAUGCAGACGUUUGAAAGCAUGCGUGUGGACAAACAAAGGACUUUUGUUCAUAGUGUCAUUCUGGCUUCAAUUGCUUUGAUUAUUGCCGGUAGUGCUAUUUUUAUAAGAAAACAUAAGCUUUAUCGUCGCAAGAGUUAUUCUCAAUCUAGUAGUGGAGACGUAUUUGAGCUUGACAACUUGCUAGAAUGUCCUGUAGCCUCUGAGGACGAGUAUGACGAAGAAUAA